AUGACCCUUUCGCGAAGCCCUUCGCCUGUUCCCGGUGGUGGCUGGUCAAGUCCAGGCUUGAGCCUUGACAGCGGGAGGUCGACUCCAGCGAACGUGAGCGGUGGUCCUGUUGUAUGGGAAUCGGCCAAGAUGCGACCUCACAACUCUAGCACAUUUUCUUCGUUUUCGACUCAAAACAAGGGUUUCUUCAGCAGACACAUGCGACGACUAUCGAGCAGUCUUCCGCAGUUUAACGGGCAGCGUGAGACUUUGAAGGAAAAGCAUGCACGGGGGCCAAGAUGGAUUCGAAAGGUUCCACUCGCCGGUAGAAUACGAUCGAUUUAUGGGCGCAUGGGCAGAAGACUAAAGAUGGUUCUACUGUUCAUGCUGUUAGCGACACUCUGCUAUACCAUUUUCUACACAACCCCUCUUGUAUAUUACUGGAGAAGAUCGUUUGGUGGCGGCAACAAGUUUGUCAUUAUCUUGGGCGCAAAUGUUGGAGGUGGUGUCAUGGAGUGGAAGGGUGCCAGAGAAUGGGCUAUCGAGCGAGACAGCGUGCGAAACAAGCGAAAGUACGUCAACCGAUGGGGCUACGACUUGGAAAUUGUGGACAUGAGCACCAAGAAGAAGUAUGCGCACGAGUGGCGGGAGAGCUGGGAGAAAGUCGACUUUAUUCGGUCGACCUUGAGGAAGUAUCCCAAGGCUGAAUGGGUUUGGUGGCUGGACUUGAACACACUCGUCAUGGAGCCCUCAGUAUCACUUCAAGACCACAUCUUCAACCACCUGCAGACAAAAGUCGAGCGCGACAUCAACUACUUCAACCCUCGCAACAUAUCGCAUCCUUUCACCCAUCAUUAUCUGGAUGAGGUCUCGCGAAGCCCUGUUGGCGAUGCUAAGGCCAGCUCGAUCAAUAUGAUCAUGACACAGGAUUGCGCCGGCUUCAACCUCGGAUCCUUCUUCAUGCGGCGCAGCGACUGGACGGACAGACUGCUCGACGUUUGGUGGGAUCCUGUUACAUAUGAGCAGAAGCACAUGCAGUGGGAACACAAAGAGCAAGAUGCGCUGGAUCAGCUAUAUCAGACGCAACCAUGGGUGCGCAAGCAUGUCGGGUUCCUACAUCAGCGCAAGAUCAACAGUUUCCCACCGGGAGCUUGCAACCCCGAUGGCGGUCCCAAGGAUAAGCACAUCCACUAUGAGGAGAACCAGCGCGAUUUCCUGGUCAAUAUGGCAGGGUGCGAAUGGGGCCGAGACUGUUGGGGCGAGAUGUACUAUUACCGUGAGUUCAGUUACUGGCUCAACCGAAACCCAUGGGAGCGCUUUAAGGAGGAUCUCAUUGCGGUCAUAUGGUUCAAGCUCACCGGCAAGAAGGUCAAGUUGUGA